AUGGCGCGGUUCAUCCUGAGCCUGAUGGAGCUCGGGGUCAGCGCCACCGUGCACAUGCUCUUCGGCCUCUACGUCUUCAGCACGGCCGUCGCCGCCGACAUCUCGCAGGCGGCCGCGGCGUCGGGGUGCCUCCUGCUGCGCCGCCCAGGGGCGCCUCCCGCGGCCCCAGGCUCGGCCGAGGGCGCGGCGCUUGUCGACGUCGCCGCCGCGGGGGAGAGCGACGAGCGCAGGGGCGCCGCGCCCGUCAUCCUCGACGCCUCGCCGCCGCCCAUCGUCCUCGUCCACGGCAUCUUCGGCUUCGGCAAAGGGAGGCUCGGUGGCCUCUCCUACUUCGCCGGCGCCGAGAAGAAGGACGACCGCGUGCUCGUCCCGGAUUUGGGGUCGCUCACCAGCAUCCAUGACAGGGCGCGCGAGCUGUUCUACUACCUCAAGGGCGGGCAGGUGGACUACGGCGAGGAGCACAGCAAGGCUUGCGGCCACAACAGGUUUGGGAGAAUAUAUCACACAGGGCACUAUCCUGUGUGGGACGAGCACAACCCGGUGCAUUUUGUCGGGCACUCUGCCGGCGCGCAGGUUGUGAGGGUGCUGCAUCAGAUGCUUGCCGACAAGGCUUUCCCUGGACAUGAUACUUCUGAAGAUUGGGUUCUGAGCCUGACUUCCUUGUCUGGUGCACUUAAUGGAACCACAAGAACUUACUACGAUGGCAUGCUGGUUGAAGAUUGUAGGUCCAUGAAAUCUAUCUGUCUUCUUCAGCUCUGCCGGCUCGGAGUUAUUGUCUACGAUUGGCUAGAUAUUCCUUGGCUGAAGAAUUACUACAAUUUUGGUUUUGACCACUAUGAGAUGUCACGGAGGAAAGUAGGCUUUUCAGGUCUAAUUAAUCUGCUUCUGGGGCACACGGGCCCAUUUGCCAGCGGAGAUUGGAUUCUACCUGACCUCACAAUCCAAGGAUCCAUGAAACUAAACUCUACACUUAGGACCUUUCCCAAUACAUUCUACUUCAGUUAUGCUACAAAGAAAACAAGGAAAUUAUUUGGAAUUACAGUGCCUUCAAGUGUUCUUGGAGUGCACCCCAUGCUCUUUCUGAGAGUCCUCCAGAUGUGUAUGUGGCGGCACCCUCAAAAUGCACCUCUGCCUUACAAAGGAUACAGGGAUGAAGAUUGGGAAGACAAUGAUGGGGCUUUGAACACAAUCUCUAUGACACACCCCCGCAUUCCCAUCGAGCAUCCACACCGUUUUGUAGUGGACGAUUCUGACUGCCAUCCUUUGCAACCUGGGAUAUGGUAUUACAAGAUUAUUGAAGCUGACCACAUUCUAUUCAUUGUGAAUCGGGAAAGAGCUGGAGCGCAGUUCGAUUUGCUGUACGAUGGCAUUUUUCAGCGCUGCAGAAAGCAUGCCUUUAGGAAGAGCCCACCUACUGUACCAAACGAAACAAGUCAAUAG